UCCAACAACGAAAGGAGGAAAAAAAAACCUUAAACCCCUUCAUUGAAGCCCACCCAAUUCUAACUAAGAAUACCCAGUUAUGCCUACUGCACAUCAAGAUUAUAACAGCAACUCUCCUCCUAUGGUCUCAAGAGUUGCAAUUAUAGGAGGUGGGGUUAGUGGUUUAGCUGCUCUGAAGCAGCUUGCUCACCACAAUCCUAUCCUCUUUGAGGCCUCUGACUCCAUUGGAGGUGUUUGGGGAAGCUGUUCUUACAAUUCAACCAAACUCCAGUCCUCCCGCUCCGAUUACGAGUUCACUGAUUUUCCAUGGCCUAAUAGAGAUGAUCCAAGUUUCCCUUCUCAUCUUGAGAUUCUGGAUUACUUGGAUUCUUAUGUCAAACAUUUCGAUUUGUCAAAACAUAUCAACUUCAACUCAAAGGUGGUCGAACUUAAGUUCGUCGGAGAUCGGGCCGGGACCGGUCCCGGAGAGUAUGGGAGUCUAUUGCCUGGUCAGCCUGUUUGGGAGGUGGCCGUUCAACACAACGAAUCCAUUCAGUGGUAUGCGUUCGAAUUUGUGGCAGUUUGCAUUGGAAAAUAUGGCGAUAUACCUAAAAUUCCAGCUUUUCCACACAACAAAGGGCCUGAAGUAUUUAAAGGCCAGGUCUUGCACUCCAUUGAUUACUGCAAACUCAACCCUGAAGCUUCUUCUAAACUACUUAAAGGAAAGAAAGUUGUCGUCGUUGGAUUCAAAAAAUCUGCAAUUGAUCUUGCCAUGGAGUCUGCUCAAGCUAACCAAGGUCCAGAAGGAGAACCAUGUACAAUGGUGGUAAGGACAUUACAUUGGACUGUCCCUCAUUACUGGGUCUGGGGUCUGCCUUUCUUUAUGUUCUUCUCAACAAGGUCUUCACAGUUCAUCCAUCAAACACCAAACCAGACCUUCCUCAGGACCCUCCUCUGCCUUUUCCUUUCUCCAAUGAGGCAAGCAGUUUCGAAAUUCAUCGAGUCCUACUUGCUAUGGAAACUUCCUCUGAUAAAGUAUGGAUUGAAACCAGAACACCCAUUUUUGGAAGACUAUGCUUCUUGUCAGAUGGCUAUCAUGCCAGAGAAUUUCUUUGAUGAGGCUAAUAAGGGAAAGAUUGUGUUCAAAAGAGCAUCAAAAUGGUGGUUCGGGAGGGAAGGGCUCGAAUUCGAAGAUAACACGAAAUUAGCUGCUGAUGUUGUGAUUUUGGCAACAGGUUACGAUGGGAAGAAAAAGCUCAAAACCAUCUUGCCAGAACCUUUCCAGAGUUUGCUUGAAUACACUUCUGGUGUCAUGCCCUUAUACAGGGGAACGAUUCAUCCGCUGAUACCAAACAUGGCAUUUGUGGGAUACAUUGAGAGUGUUUCAAAUCUACACACAGCAGAGCUGAGAAGCAUGUGGCUGGCUAGACUAGUUGGUGACAAAUUCAAACUCCCCAGUGUAGAGAAAAUGCUUGAACAAGUAUCUAAAGAGAUAGAAGUCAUGAAAAAGACUACCAGGUUCUACAAGAGGCAUUGCAUCUCUACAUUUAGUAUAAACCACAGUGAUGAGAUUUGUCAAGAAAUGGGAUGGAACUCCUGGAGGAAGAAAACCUGGCUAGCGGAAGCUUUUAGCGCUUAUGGUAGUCAGGACUACGAAGAACAUGAAAUGUAGGAAAAGAAAAAGAAAUGUUUGCUUCAAUUCUUGCAUUAGAAAGGUUAAUUUCUUAUGCAUCUCAGAUCUACUGCAAGAGAUAGAUCUAGUAAAUCAAAAUAAAGCAUGUACUACCCUAAAAGAGGACCAAAUUGUCCGACGCAACCAAAAACGUAUACUAUAUAUUCAAUGCUGACAGUUGUUCAGGA